CUUAAAAUAAAUGUUAUCGUUUUUCAAGAAAUUACAUGUUACAACUUACUACUUAGUGCUUACUGCUUACAAAGUACCUACUGAAAAAAAAAUAUUAGUCAAUGAGCUAUGAUGGAAUGAAUGAUGAUGAAAGCCUUUAAAAGAGAUCAAUUGGUCUUUGAAUUAAAGUUUCUUGAUAGUACCUAUAUGCAAUAGUAUUGGUCUAGUGUUUCAUUGAAAACCUUUUUUUGGAUAUUAAUUGAUUGGCCCCAGCCAUAUUUUAACUGAAAUUAUUUCAAAAUGAAUGAACAAGAUCAAAAUGCUAAUAUGAUAAAUAUUUGUAAAGAAUUUGAUAAAACUAGUAGUUCGUCAAAUAACACAACUUUUCAUAGUUUUAAUAACAUGAACAAUAGUCAAUCAGUCUUAGAAAAUGACUUUAAUCGAAAUCUCAGUGAUCCUGUAAAAUACUUUGAUUUGCAACGCAUGAUCAUAGAUCAAAAAAAUGUAACCAUGUCUUUAAAAAUGUCCGAAUAUGAAAAAGCAUUAAGUGAAAGGGAUGACACCAUUCAAUCCUUGCAUACAAAUAUGAUGAAUUCUCAAAAUAACAACUAUGUUCUGAAUAAUCAGUGUAAAAAUAUAAUGGAAAAGACAAAAUCAGUAAAUGAUACAUGUAUCCGCCUUAAUGCAAGUUUCACAAAUAUUUGUGAACGUUUAAACAGACUUGGCGACACAAUAGAUAAUGCAAGAUCCAGACAAAAAGAUGUCAUGACAAUGGUAGAUCAAACUACUACUACAUUUCAAGAAAAAAUUUUGAGUAUUUCAGAUACUGUUGAUGAGUCAUUAAAGCAAGUGACAUUGGAAAAGAUAAGAACAAAACAAGAUUUGGAAAUGUUGGAAAAUAAGUAUUCUUUAGAUAUAGUUACUUUUAAAACAAAUUUACAAGAACGUACUAAUGAAAUAGAAUGCUUAAAAAAAGAAAAUCAUUUUUUGUCUGAAAAACUGAAUGAUGCAAACAUAAAAUUAAAUGAAGAAAAAGAAAUAGUAUUUAAUCUUAAUCAAAAUUUUGAAACCAAAUUUGGAGAGAUGAAAGAUGAAAAUGUACAGCUUAUAAAUCAAAAUAAAUCUAUAAAUGAAAAAUAUAAUGAAAUAAGUAAUAAAAAUCAAACUUUGUUGGAUGAACUUGAUUUACUGAGAACUUCACUAAAUGAAAACAGAAAACAGCUAGAUAUGCAAUUAAAUACAAUCAAAGAGCAAUCAGAAUUGUGUGAUAAUCUAAAAAUACUUGAGGAAUUAAAUGAAAAAUUAAAAAAAGAUAAUUAUACAUUAAAAGAACAGAAUGAAUAUCUUGAACAAAUAAAUACAAAUUUGGUAGAGGAUAAUAGUAAUAUUAAAUUGUGUCACCGUGGAAUUCAAGAAAAAACAGAAAAGAAAUUUAAAGAUAUGUGUGAAAAUUAUGACAAUUUACUGAAACUGCAAGAAGAAAGAUAUUUAGAUAUAACUGAAAAGUUGGUAUUACAAAAAGAAAAAGAGAAUAAAAAUCAAAUUGAAGUAAUUGAAUUAAAACAAGAAAUUGAAACGUCUAAUAAAACAAUAACUGGCUUACAAGAAGAAUUACAAGCUAAUUAUGUGUUGAUACCUGAAUUACAAAAUAAAAUUGAUGAUUUAAACACAAAUUUAGUUAAUAGUUAUCAAGCACUUAGAGACUCUACUAAAAACCUAAUUACAGAAAAAAAUGAACUGGAAAAAGAAAAAAAUGAACUAGAAAAUCAAAGCAAAGAACAUUUUGGUCAAAUUGAAAAACUAACUGCUAAUUAUAUGAAGUAUAAAUCAAAAGCCAAACAGUUAUAUGUAGAAGUUAUGCGACUUAAAUAUCAAUGUUCUCGAUCAGAACAAAAAAAAAAAAUUCAACAACUUCCGGCAUUAGAUACUAUUGAGAUAUUAAGUGAUGAAGAUAAUAAUAAUGAUGACGUGAGUAUAGUUGAAUUCAAUGACCAGGAUGUAUCGAACAUGAAUGUUAGUUCUACUUCAAGCAAACCUUUUCUGAAAUCUAACUUGUCAAGUUUAAAAAGAAAUUGUUCACCUGUAAAUUAUACUGGUAAUUCUAAAGUGAAAAAAUAUACAACAUCUAUUGAUGUUGCUGCCUCACAUAUAUCAACCAAUAUUUCAUCAAAUGUCUUAAAAGAAAUAAAUAAUGCAAAACAAAUUGAAAAUUCAUUAAAUUCAUCAUUCAAGAGUAUUAGUUUGAUACCCUUAGACAAAAACGCCAAUAAAAUAAAGAAUAAAGUUGAGUACAACAAAGAUAUAAAUUAUGAUAUUGAUUAUAAUUCAACUAUGAGUUCUCAACAAAUUAAAAGUAAUGUAAAUAAUGAAAAUAAUAAAAGUCAAAUAAAAUCAACCUCAAAUAUAAAUUUGAAUCCUACCACCAAAAAGAAAUUUAAAAUACCCGCUGAUAUUAAGAAAAAAACUAAAUCAACAAAUAUACAAAAGACUGCCUGGACUAAACCAAAUUCACCUGUUAUUAUGACUGCACCUUCUCCUAAACUUCAACCUAAAUUUAAUAAAUAAUUAAAAAAAUUUUGAAAAUUGUCAUAUAAGAAAAUUUCAAAAACAACCAGAAGAUUGCAUUUAUUUU